AUGGAGUGUGGAAAGAGCUUUAUGAAGAAUUGUCAACUUAUUUACCAUAGUAGGAUCCAUAGAGGGGAGAAUCCCUAUAAAUGCACAACCCACACAGGGGAGAAGCCAUAUAAAUGCAUGGAGUGUGGAAAAUGCUUUACUGACUGUAGUGGUCUUAUUGGCCAUAAAAAGAGCCACACAGGGCAAAAGUAUAAAUGUAUGGAAUGUGGAAAGAGUUUUUCUACAAAGCCGUAUCUUAAAAUCCAUAAAAGAAUCCACACACGGGAUAAGCCUUAUAAAUGUAUCGUGUGUGGAAAAGGUUUUAUUACGAGCAGUAAUCUUAACUCCCAUAAAUUGACCCACACAGUGACCCAUGGAGGGGAGAAGGUAUACAAAUGCUUGGAGUGUGGGAAAAGCUUUACUAAGAACAGUCAACUUAUAAAUCAUAAGAGGAUCCACACAGGAGAAAAGCCCUAUGAAUGCAUGGAAUGUGGAGUCAGUGAACAGAAAACUCUUGCUAACUAUAAAAGGAUUCACACAGAGCAAAGACCUUAUAAAUGCAUUAAGUGUGGAAAGAGCUUCAUUUAUAUUAGUUCUCUUACUUCCCUUUACUGGUUCCAUAUACAAAAUAAAUCCUCUUCUUUCAAGUAA